AGUCACGGUCAAUCAGUAUUUGUAGUGGAAUGUGUAUCAAAACAAAUUAUUUACCAAAAUGUUACAAUAUCAAAAUAAUAAUGAUACAAUUAAUACGGUUGUUCAAAAAAAUGUUUUGAAUUUUUGUACCAUUUUAUUAUCACAUUGUAAUAAAUGGAAUUUUUUAUUAACCGAAGCUAUAAAACCUGUUCAAGCGUUAGUGAAUUUUAGUGAACAAUUAAGACACGUGGAAAAAGCGAAUAUAAAGUAUAUUGAUGACUUUGAGGAUCUACAACAAAAAUUAUUAUAUAAGAUUACUUCUGAAAUUGAGGACGAAAUACAACUGAUCAAAGAUAUUCUAAGUCGAUUAUCGGCUGCUAAUCAACUUGUGAAAAACAGACUGUCAAUAUUAGAAAAAUCUACAAUCGAUUUGGAUUGGGAAGAAAUUACUGAUCUGAUAAAAGGAAAUGCCUUUCAGCCUCCGCUUUAUAGAAUUUUACAAGACGGUUAUGAAUUCAUGAUGUUUUUCACAAACGCUUUAAAGUCGAUGAACGAAAGUUUCAAGAUUUUAAAUGUAAGAAAUGAAAAAAUAAUGAACGACUUCGAAAACAAGUUUAAAUUGGAUUUGGAAAGUAAUCUAGUUGUAAACAAUUUUCUAGCUAUAGUCCAAUAUGUUGGAAACGAAAAGUCUGUUAUAUAAAUUGCGUCAUUUCCGAAGUUUUUGAUAUGAUGACCAAAAUAAAGAUAAUAUAUAUUUUCUAAAACUGUUUUUAUGUGAAUAAACACAUUAUAAAAUUA